AUGGAGACGAUCGUGUUGCUGGAAGCAGUUCUUCAUGACUACAGUCCACGGACUACAGUGAUGAAUCCGUUUAAACCCAAGGAGAACCGCUUGUUGUCUGCACUUCGUUCUGUGAAAGCUGCUCCUGCCCGUGAGAUUGUCGGAAGAAUACAGCUAAUUCGACGGCGGCAUCCAAUUUCGUUUGGAUCUUCAAACCCUGUGCUGACGUAUUGGUUGCGCUUCGAAGACGUUCGUAUCCGAAAUGAACGCGAUCUGCUAUUGUACAUGGAGGCUAGUGGCCAAACUGUGCUGCUCGAUUGUGGACCUGAUGGCCAGUGGAAAGGUUCGCACAUGCCACGCUUGUUUGAGCAGGAGCUGUUAGUGUUCGAUCCGCUAGUAUUCGCAAGUGUGGCUAUCGGGAAACCUGCCUCUGCAAAGCCCCCUACAGCACAGAUGCUUGUGUUCGCGUAUGGAGCUUUUGAGACGUACGUCCCGCCAGCGAAGUCAGCGGAACAAGUUGCACAAGAGAUGGAGGCUCUCUCCAGCCGCUUCUUGCAGACUGUCAUGGAGGUGGAGCAAGAUCAGCUUCAAGGCGAAGAAGAGUUAUCUCUCGAUGCACUACAACGCAAUGCGCGCCAACUGUUCCGAAUGUUCGACCAGGACAAGUCCGAUUCGAUCGACUUCGAAGAAUACAAGCAAAUGCUCGCUUACAUGAAAGUCAAUUUGUUAGAAUCUAAAGCUAAACGCUUCUUUCAAUUGGUGGACGACCAGAACAAAGGAUACAUCGAUGAACGAGAGUUUGUCAUCGCGAUGUAUAUAACCAAUUACUUGCGUGCCCAGCAGAAGCAGAAACGAGAUGACAACAAGACUACGAACUCGCAGACUCUAUCCCCGAUCGAUGUAUUUCGCCAAUUAGAUGGAGAUCGAGACGAGCUGCUGAAUGCCUUUGAAUACGAGAAAGCGCUGGAGCUGCUUGGAGUUCCUCUCAAGACUAAACGGGCUUGUAAACUGGCUCGUGUGAAGCUCCCUAGAUCGGCGACGAUGUCGCUAGAACAGUUCAAACGUGCAUGGGUGGAGCUGGUGGAUGCACGUGAUGAGUUACAAAAGCGAAAUGUUGAAGGGUUUGGUGGUCAAAAGAAAGGUAAGAAAAUGAUGGAGAAAAUGCAGAAUGCGUUGCUGGACGAGAUACAUCGAGAAGAGCAGGAAGAGCUACGUGCAGCGCUUGAAGCGAAGGAAGUUGUAGUUCGCCUUGAGAAGGAGCGACGUGCAGCUGAACAGGAGGAAUCCCGACGUUUGUUUCAGCAGCAACGGCAAGCUGCUACGUCUACGCGAACAAAAGAGGCGCUUCGUGAACGUCAGUACAAGAUCAACCGAAAGAAGGAACGUACGAUUAAGGAUCGACAAGCUCGCGAAGAGCGAAGAUUACUUGAUCGUGCUGAAGCUGAGGGGGGAAAACGUGUUAUUCAUGAACGCGAAGUGGUGCAGGAGCUCAUGAUGUCCAAGAUGGAGCGGAUCAUUCGACGCAAAGCACGUUGUGGCGACGACGUUGUAGAUUUACGUGGUCAUGGACUAAAGGAGUUCCCACACGACUUAUAUCAUGGUCGAGACGCUCUCUCAUCGCUGUCGAGUCUGCUUAUCUUGGAUUUGUCGCGCAACCAGCUUCAAAGCCUCCCGGGAGCCAUCUUCACGCACUUAUUCUCUCUACAGUCGCUGGAUAUCAGUAACAACGCGUUGAGUGCUCUUCCAGAAGAAAUCGGAGAAGCGCGUGACUUGCAGCUUCUUGAUGUUCGCAUUAACCGACUAACUACUACGCCAAAAGGAUUGACACAUCUACAUGAACUUCGUGUGCUACACUUGGCAUAUAAUCGGAUAGCGCGAUUCGGAGAUAAUUGUCAAGGUCUUUACUCGCUCGAAGAACUCAACUUGGUGAAUAAUGUGCUCGAAGUUCUAUCGGACGACAUAGGUGAUAAUCUAGUGAAGCUGGUUCGACUCAAUCUGCGAGGAAAUCCAACACUCAAGCGGCUUCCAAACAGUUUGCAACAACUGCGAGAACUAAGCAUUUGGGACCUCAGUGCUUGCGAUCAAAAGCGACUGGGCAAAGACGUUUUCGGCUCGCAGCUCCAAAGUCUUCGCAGCUUAAACUUGUCGUUUAAUGCACUCUCGACAUUACCGGAUAGCAUUGGCGCGAUGCCCAAGCUCCAGGAGUUGAAUUUCAAAUCCAACGCUCUCGGAUCGCUGCCUUCUGCAGUGGGUAACCUCUCUGAACUGGUCAUGCUGAAUGGAGAAAACAAUGAGCUUCAAUGUCUUCCCUCAGGUUGUGGAGAACACUGGGGUUUGCUGGAGGAAUUGCGACUGCCACACAAUCGACUUGUGGCAUUACCUGUCACGCUGGGGCUGCUACGUUCCUUACGUAGGCUUUAUCUAUCGAACAACCGUUUAACGACUCUACCUCUUGAACUUGGUGCUUUAACGAGCCUCCGUGAGCUGGACGUGUCUUGGAAUCAGCUCGCCAGUAUCCCUGAUGAGCUUGGAUGUCUCGAAUCGCUAACGACGCUUGAUCUAUCGCACAACCAGUUAGUGACGUUCCCGCAAACAACCGCGAUGCUGAAGAGGUUAAUUCAUCUGUGUUGCUCGUACAAUGCACUCACAACACCGCUUGAACCGGGUCUAGGAGAUCUAAAGGCCUUGCGUUACGUGGAUCUAGCGGAGAACCGUCUCGUCGAACUCGAGCCGUGUCUUUAUGAACUUCCACAAGUGGAAGUACUGAAUCUGUAUGGAAACAGGAUAACGAUGUUACCUCGCGAAAUGGCUCAACGCUGUUCUUCGCUUCGUAAGCUGGAUCUGUAUAAUAAUGGUUUGCAAGCACUUCCCUUGGAACUGGCUGAUGGACUCCUUGCACAGCUUGACGUGCUCUCAAUUGGACGCAACCCGCUAACGCUUCUUCCAGAGAAAACCAGCAGUACGUGGAAACUAAGAGACCAGUAUCAAACAAGCUUCACGAAUGGAUACACUCCUACUGAGACAAAGGCAUGGGUCGCGGAUAGCAGAGUAUGCUACCCAGUAUUUGUACGAGUUUGGGAGGAGCUUAUGUUCGAAAUAUCUGCUUCACUGACACUACCUAUGCUUGAUGAAAACCCUGGAAAUCAUAGAGAAGUGAGCGCAUUAACAAGUGAUGAGUUUUGUAAACGCGUAAAAGAAACGAUGAAAGCCGUAACUGGUGAGGAUGCAGAGGGAGCUUGGCAACCACGCUACGAGCGGUUAGCUCGCCACUAUUUCUACGAGUUCAAAUACGUUGGCCAUACGAUCGUUUUCGACGAGUCGACUCAGCGCAAGAUUGGGAAUGAAAACUCGGAGGUCGAAAUGAAUUUGCAUCGCCUGCGACAAGAACGUGUAGACGCUGCUAUUAAAGGUUGCAGCCAAAUUCGAGCGCAUCUUAAAGCUGUAUACCGUGCAGAUGAAGAUGUAUUGGUACCAGCUAUGAAAUAUGCACACGAACGGCGUGUUGUUCAUGAAAAGCAAUUACUUAAUCAUGCUCGACACGACGCACAGGAGACCAACGCAGGGAUCAAGGAACAAAUUGAGAUCGUACAACGUAGACACAACGAAGCUCAAAAGCUUCAACGUACCAAGUUUGCAGAUGAAAUGAAGCGUCUUGCACGCGAGAGGCUACAAAUGAAGCAGCAACGGAGUUCACUAAGAAAAAUUAACAGCCGAAAAGUCCUGGCAGCUACACAAGACUGCAGCGACACUCCUGAACGUGAGCAUUGAAACAGAAGAAGGAAGCUGAAGUGAAAGCAUCUUAGUCUACGCAUCGUCUCCUGCUGCCGCUGCCACGGUUUCAUCCUCGAGCUGUUGUGCCUGCUCAGCCAUAGCGGUGAUGCUCUCAGCACGUGCAACAACAGCAAGGCUCCACAUGUAGAAGCACGAGGCUACAGGACUCGCAGUGUCAACAUCUGCCUUAGCAAUCUCGGCAAGGUUUUGCUUCGCUUGGGCAACUGCAGUUGGCGUUGCUGGCAGAGCUUUUCUGACAGCACGGAGUCCGUUAGCACUAGUGCUGUCUGCUUCAGCCAAAGAUCUCAUAGUCUCCAAAGACGACUCAAAGGUGUUUAAGGAUUCCGUUAGCAUCGCCUCACCAAGCAAUGGCGAAAUCUUGUCCCAACUUGGCUGACCCGUAGCGGGAUUGUACAGUUCGCGACGUGUAUAGCCAAGAAGUUCCAGUGCUGCUGCGAACGUUGUCAGCACGAAUCCCUUGAAAGGCACAACUCGAGCAGACGCGAGCGAUAACGUUGGAAUGUGUGACACUAGCAGCGUCAUCAGGAAGGAAAGACGAAGCUCUGCGUCUUUUGCAGCGCGUUGUUGCUGAGCUGCUUCACUCAGUUCUUCACCUUCUGGUGGUCCCGGUAAUUGCGCUGCUAGAUUUUCUUCUUGAACUGCCACUUGUGCAGCAAAAGCCACUAGGAACUCUCGUAGUAGGGGUUCAUCGUUGGAUAGACAUCUCUCGUUGUCUUUUAUGUAAAGUGCGCG